AUUUCAGAUUGUCUAUCAUCAGCUGAUCACAGACAAUAAAAGAGGCCACAACACUCAGGAACAAGCGAGUGUCAUUAUGAAGACUUCCUUCGUCUUACUCUUUUGCUGGACGGUUGCCAUGACAGCACGUCCGGUGACGUCAGCAUGCCAGAUGACAGACGACGUAUGCGAGUUCUGGCUGGAAAUUGAACACAAAAUGACCAUGAUGAGCAAUAAGGUGGCUGUUUUCCCGGAAAACGGUCAGCUGUACAGUUAUGACGUCAGAAACACCAGUGAAGCGACGCCGAUGAGCGAGGACGGGGUGGUCAUCGCGGACGGCUGGGAGACACAGAGGCUGGUGGUGGUGGCCAACGGCUCCAUGCCUGGCCCGCCCAUCGAGGUAUGGGAGAACCAGACAGUGAUCGUCCACGUACAUAACCGGAUGACCAGCUCCUCCGUCACUGUCCACUGGCACGGUCUGCACCAGCAUGGAACACCAUGGAUGGACGGCGUUGCUUUUAUCACACAGUGCCCCAUUUCGCCCCAACAAAAAUUCACGUAUAAGUUCAAGGCAUCCCCAAGGGGAACAUUCUGGUACCACUCACACAUCGGGGCGCAACUGUCUAUGGGUCUCAUCGGGGCUCUCAUCAUCAGGCCCAAAGAGCCACUGAAAAUGGAAGAGCACAUUCUCAUGUUGCAGGUUCCGUAUCAUCGGCUCCGGCAGUCUGUAUCCUUUCCGGGUAUCCAUAGAUAAUCAUCCACUGACCAUUGUUGCAUCUGAUGGGUUCGAACUGGAGCCAAUGGUAGUUGAGUCUAUCAUUCUGAACCCGGGAGAACGCUACGAUGUCAUACUGCACGCCAUAGAAGACGCAAAACCCUACUGGAUCAGAGCGGAGACUUUGGAAAUUGACGUUCCCAACCACAAGGCUGAGGCAAUCCUGGAGUACGAGGGAUCCCCCAGCCUGGAGGAGCCGACCACUUCCCGGAAAGUCUGUUCUCAAGCCGACAGUUGUAUCGUGGCCAACUGUCCCUUCUCCUACUUCCCCGAGGAUCACUUCACAACCUGUAAGUCUGUCAGCGACUUCCGGGCCAAAGUUGACAAUUUCCCACCCGGCACUGACGAAUCGGAGCCUGAGGACAUUGAGGAGAUCUUCUUGAACUUUGCCUUCCCCGGGACAACCUGGACGCCUGGCUCCGUCAAUGGCAGGGCUUUUGAGCACCUUCCAGUGAGUGGUUUGACGCAACCACAGGACAUCACAACUUGGUGUGACCCUGCCUUGUGUGGUGAACAGCAAGUCUGUAGCUGUCCCAAUGCCCUGAACCUGCAGCACAACAAAGUAUACCAGCUGGUUCUGCUCAACAUGGGCGUCGGCAAAGGCUGGGCCCACCCAGUUCACAUGCACGGUCAUACCUUCCACCUCCUCAAGACCGGAUACCCGAAAUACAACGAGACUACAGGAAAAUUGAUCGAUGAUAACCACGACAUCGACUGCCGAGGUAACGUCACCGCAGACAAGAGUUUCUGUAACUCCGCCGCCUGGGCCAACUCCUCCUGGGGAGGUAACAAUAUCCCGGGACUGGAGCUGGAGUUUCCUCCCCGUAAAGACACAGUCCAGGUUCCAACAGGAGGCUACGUGGUCAUUCGCAUCAGAGCAGACAACCCCGGCCUGUGGUUCAUGCACUGCCAUAUUGAGCUGCACGCCAUCGAUGGUAUGGCCAUCAUGCUCAACGAAUCCUUCCCCCAAGUAUCCCCGCCCCCGAAAGGUUUCCCCAAGUGUGGUAACUUCGCCCCGGACAUGGAGGACGACAUCGACGACGAGCCGGUAUCUGAGCCCGAAAUUAAAGAAAAACCUUUGCCCGACUCCGAAGACAACUACGACAAGAAUCUCUUCUGGACCGUGGUGGGGAUCCUCAUCGCCGUUAUCCUCAUCCAGUUCUUCAUCCUGGCCUUCUGUCUUUGCCGGAACAGAAACAACGCGCAUUCGGGCAAAGACGCUAACGUGUACAGCAACGGCGCCUUCAACGCUAAAGACGUUCCUUCGUGAUGACCAUGAUGACGUCAAAAACCAUAUUGUGUCACAACGCGGUGGAAUCAGACGCUCGUCAAUUUUUGAGCAUGUAGAGUUAUUGGUACUAUCUUAAAGCUUGCUCAGUUG